CGAUAAAAGGUGCCAACACGAAGUAUUCUUACUGAUUAUGUUUCCAAGUAUGUGUGUAAUGAGGCAUAUCUUCGUUAUGCAACCAGAAGCAACCGCAACUAAGGCUGUUUUCGUCUUCUGAUCCUUAUGGCGCAGUGAACAUUGAUCAUUGGAAGUAUAGGGUGUCUCAUAAAACCAACUUCACACAGAAUACAGACUACAGACCACAUAUCGAUACAAUGUUAUUAACCAUACUCUUUUUGACUGCAUAAAUUUUACUUAUCGAGAUAAAUAUAAGAUUAUAACAUACAAAAAAACAUAAGUGAAUCAGCAAAUUAUAGUAGAGAGCCUAAGGCCCAAGAUUUUGGGACGCCUUGUAUAUGAAAACUAAUGAGCUGGGAUUUCCUGUGAUUGGCUCUGAUACGUAUUUCAAGGAUAGAGGUCAGUGUGUUUUCAAGGUUCCAAGAAAUAAAAGUAUUAACACAAAGAGUCCGUAAGCUAUAUAUAUUUUCGUCUUCGAACGACGCUGGCGAUUUGAUAAUCCAAUGAAGUUACAUCUUGCGUCGCGGUGAUGCGAUUGUGACGUUGUAUCUGAGUUCUAUUUUAAUAUACGUGUCAUUUUUCUGAUACAAUAAUACUUUUUUAUUACAACAGUAAAGUGUAAUUACAUUUUCGGCCAUCAACUUCGGAAUUGAUAUUUUCAACAAAAUGCUACGAAUUGCAUCAAUAUUCCUGCUUUUUGCCAUCUCAGCAAUCAUUGCUCAAGAUUGUGAGAAUAAAGAUACACAAUGUCCCACACCAUCGAAAUUUAAUCAAGACACCAAUUGGCAGUCAGCUACUUCGGUUUACGAUUUCCAUGCAAACAACAUUUUGGGCAAAAAUGUCCCAUUGGAGAAAUAUCGUGGUCAUGUUCUUAUUAUUGUUAAUGUAGCCAGUAACUGUGGCUUAACAGAAAGCAAUUAUAAACAACUCCAGCAAUUAUAUGAUAAAUAUAGCGAAAAAGGUUUGCGAAUUCUUGCGUUUCCUUCUAAUCAGUUUGCUGGUCAGGAGCCGGGCACUUCUGAGGAAAUAUUAAACUUCGUGAAACAGUACAAUGUUACUUUUGACAUGUUUGAGAAAAUUGAUGUAAACGGAGAGAAUGCUCAUCCGCUGUGGAAGUGGCUAAAGACGCAGAAAGGCGGACUCAUUACCGACGCAAUUAAAUGGAAUUUUACUAAAUUUAUUGUAAACAAAGAAGGUAAACCAGUGGAAAGAUUCUCUCCGACUACUGAACCAUUAAGUAUGGAAGAAAAUUUGAAAAAGUAUCUUUAAGUUUGUACAACGCUUGCUUCCUUUCUUUCUGUAUUUUAUACAUAUUUUUAAUAAUUUUUUUUAUUUAGUAUACAAAUAUAAAAUUAC